AUGGCGGCGCCGGUCCGCCUGGGCCGGAAGCGCCCGCUACCGGUUUGCCCCAACCCGCUCUUCGUACGCUGGCUGACUGAGUGGCGGGACGAGGCGACCAGCAGGGGGCGCCGCACGCGCUUCGUGUUUCAGAAGGCGCUGCGCUCGCUCCGGCGGUACCCUUUGCCCCUGCGCAGCGGGAAGGAAGCCAAGAUCCUGCAACACUUUGGAGACGGGCUCUGCCGGAUGCUGGAUGAGCGACUGCAGCAGCACCGCGCGUCGGGCGGUGACCAUGCCCCGGUCUCACCAUCGCGGAAGAGGAGGUCAGCCCCGAAAGGGCCAUCCGUGGAAGCGCCACCCACGGAAGCCCAGGACCCUUCCAUGCCCGAUCCAGCCCGGCCCAAAUGGAAAGGUUCUGGCGGCUACUGGCCAGCCCGGCACUCAGGAGCCCGGGCUGUGUUGCUGGUACUGCUGCUUUCCCGGGAACACCUGAACCCUAGUGGUUGCAGCUUCCUAACCAAGGAGGAGCUGCUGCAGAGAUGUGCCCAGAAGGCUCCCCGGGUGGUCCCUGGGAGUGCUCGACCUUGGCCAGCCCUCCGAUCCCUCCUCCACCGGAACCUUGUCUUCAGAACACACCACCCAGCCAGGUAUUCACUGACCCCGGAGGGUCUGGAGCUGGCCCAGAAGCUGGCCGAGUCGGAGGGCCUGAGCUCACUGACUGUGGGCAUGGAGCCGGGGGAGCCCCCCGGGGAGGAGCCAGAAGCGCCAGGAACAGCAGCGGCUGCGCUUGGCGCCAGUGACGGGGCAGUCCAGCAGCCACCACUGGAGCUGGGGCCUGGAGAGUACAGGGUGCUGCUGUGUGUGGAUGUCAGCGAGACCACAGGGACCAGGCCCAGGGCGGAGCUGCUUGGCGAGCUGGAGCGGCUGCACGUGAGCCAUACGGUCCGCAAGUUGCACGUCGGGGACUUCGUGUGGGUGGCACAGGAGACCAGGCCCAGAGACCCGGCGAGGCCCGGCGAGCUCGUGCUGGACCACAUCGUGGAGCGAAAACGGCUGGACGACCUGUGCAGCAGCAUCAUAGACGGCCGCUUCCACGAGCAGAAGUUUCGGCUAAAGCGCUGCGGCCUGGGGCGCCGGGUCUACCUGGUGGAGGAGCAUGGCUCCGCCCAGAACCUCAGCCUUCCUGAGAGCACCCUUCUGCAGGCUGUCACCAACACUCAGGUCAUCGAUGGCUUCUUUGUGAAGCGCACGGCCGACAUUAAGGAAUCAGCUGCCUACCUGGCCCUCUUGACCCGGGGCCUGCAGAGACAAUACCAGGGCUACACCCUACGCAGCCGCCCCUGGGGAACCCCAGAGAACCCUGAACCAGGUGCCGGGCCCUCCCCAAACCCUCUCUGCUCACUGCUUACGUUCAGUGACUUCAACGCAGGAGCCGUCAAGAACAAGGCCCAGUCCGUCCGGGAGGUGUUUGCCCGUCAGCUGAUGCAGGUGCGCGGAAUGAGUGGGGAGAAGGCAGCAGCCCUGGUGGAUCGGUACAGCACCCCUGCCAGCCUCUUAGCAGCCUAUGACGCCUGUGAGACUCCCAAGGAGCAGGAGAUGAUGCUGAGCACCAUCAAGUGUGGGCGUCUGCAGAGGAAUCUCGGGCCCGCCCUCAGCAAGACCUUGUCCCAGCUCUACUGUACCUGCGGUCCCCUGACCUGA